AGCCACACAGGUAGAGGUGAAUCAUCUCCAGUGUCAAAUGUCAAUGCAAUGUCAAGAAGAUCUUCAGGAAAAAAGAAAAACAUGCUCCCAAAGCUGUCAACUCCCAGCUCCAGUGUUUUAUCCACAAUUGCACUUGUUCCCUCCAGAGUUCCCUGUGGGGACCCUGUGGAGGUGUUUUUACUUUUAAAAAAUGAAAGUGCAGCCAAUGUCACUGAAGUGGAAUUCUCCAAAGAUAAUCUGACAGUUAAGGUCCAGCCUAACCAAUGGAGUGACAACAUUGUGAGGAUUAAUGCCCCAGAUUUCCCAUCAGGCAUUGUGAAAGUGAGUGUGUUAAGAAAUGGAGUUACACUGAACAACACAGAGUUAUUGUACUACAGUCGCCUGGAGGAGAUGAGUCGCCUGCUGUCUGAAGUGUCUGACCCCGUCCAAUUCAUGUGUCAGGCUCUUGAUGUUAGCUCUGUGGAGAAGCUGGAUGAGAUGCUGUCUUCCAUGCUGCAGAGGAGAAUGCCCAGCGGAGGAUUUCAAGGACUGGAGAGAGAAAGCACACCUGAAAGAGAAAGCCAUGAUUCAGAGGUACCCACAAUGCUUCACUUCGCAGCCCAGUAUGGUUUGAAGAGUGUAUUGAGUGUGCUACUACAAUGUCCCGGCGCAGAAAGGGCGGUCCGAACAGCCAAUCGCCAUGGACACACACCUAUCGAGAUUGCAAUGCACCAUGGUCACACUCAGUUCCAUGUGUUAUUGAAGGAAACACGGAUGAUCGACCCAGGAGAGGACAGUGCGAACUCCGGGGUGUAUGAUGAGAUGGGCGCCGCAGGGAGCGCCUCCACUGCCAACCGUCAGAAAGAGCAGCGAGUGAGUGACGCAGAGGAGGGGGAAGAAGAGGACCCCUACACGGAGUUCGGUGUUGGCGAGAUAUACGACACCAUCGAGAAUCCAAAACCAUCUGUGGUGAUCCCAAACCGCCCCCCCGCACCCACCCCGCGCCCCCAAACUACUGAGCAUGAAGGCAGGAUCAGCUCCAUCGCCAAAGUGUUCCUGAAAAAGAAGAACCAAGGCAAAAUUGGGCUGUUACCUGUUUCCACUAAAAAAGCCCAAGGUCACCUGGGCACCCCAUCUUCCGUCUAUGAUUCCAUUGUGGCCGCCCCCACUCCAGGGUCCAAGCAGAGGGCCCGGGCCAGUUCACUCCCCACUGACAACGCCAAGGAUGGCAACAACAGCGGACCGCCAGUUCAGGAGGGCGCCAUCCAACAGCCUGCAGAGAAAGAUAGAUUCACAAAAGAGCAGGCUGAUACAAGGAAACAUAUUGAAGAAAGUGCCAUUUUGAGAAAUAAGAGGUAG